UUUUCAGAUUUUGAAGCUUCUAAACAGGAACAACAACUACCUAUUGACAAGAUGGAAAAUAAUUUACGAAUAUUGAAAGAGAACCUUAAAAAAAGUAAAGCUAGAUAUUUAAAAAAAGUUAUAAGUAAUGAAGAGGAGAUGGUUAAGCAAUUAUUGAAAGAAGAGUAUGAAUCUUUUAUG